GGUUAGGGUUAGGGCUCGAAUCCCGAGAUUCCGGGACAUCGUCGUUACCGUCCGAUCCGAAUUCCCAAAACCCUAAUCAGAAUCAACCGAAAUCCGAUGAUCACGACGAUGAUGAGAUGACGAUGCAAGUCAUCUGUGAAGAGCUUCAGAAUCUGAUCUUGAGCAGGGCAUUGGAUGAGGAGAAAGGAAGUGAAGAUCGCGGAGAAAGUGGGAGAAUUGAGGUUGGAAAUGUUGAAGGGAAUGAUGAUGAGGGGUGGGGAUACGAAGAAAGCGGUGAAUUUGGUUAUGAUCAGUAUGAUGAUGAGGGUGGGGAUGGAAAUCGGAGUGGGAAUGAGGAUGAUGGGGGAAAUGAGAAUGGAUAUGAAGGGGAUUUGAAGGAAGUAGGAGGGUUUAAUGGGAACAGGAUUAAUACGAGGAAGUUUACUUAUCCUUUAAGACCUGAUGCUCAGGAUUGUCCUUAUUAUAUGAAAACAGGGAUGUGUAAAUUUGGAUCCAAUUGCAAGUUUAAUCACCCUUCCCGGGGAAAAUUCCAGGGGACAAAGGAGAAGGGGAAGCAAAGGGAAGAAAGCCAGGAGAGGCCGGGGCAGAUUGAGUGCAAGGUUGGUGGAAUUUAUCAUUGUUACCAAUCAGGGAAGAAAAGGCAAAUCUUUGGAUAUACUGUUCUUGUUUUUUUAUGUGUAAUUACUUUGAUCGAGGUCCGAGGAUAAAGAUAUCAUAACGUGGUUCUGUCUUGUCUUUCCUGAAAUUCAGAAUGCUUAGAUUCAUUGACAAACCUUCUCUUUGGCGUUCCAAAUUAAUGCCAACACAUAACUUUUGCCAAUAGCUGGUUCAGGAUUAUAUACCCCACUCUUAACACUAUAUUAAA